AUGACUUCAAUUCCGCCCGGGGGUCUCCUUCUCGUCACCGGCGCCAAUGGCUAUAUUGCUAGCGUUGCUAUCCAAGUUUUCUUGCAGCGCGGGUACCAGGUCCGUGGCACUGUUCGCUCCGCCGCAUCAAACAUCUGGAUGAAAACGUACUUUGGUCCCAAAUUCGAACUUGUCGAGGUUCCGGACAUUCAUUCUCCAGGUGCCUUCGAUGAGGCUCUGAAAGGGGUGGAUGGCGUUGCUCACAUGGCCAUGAAUAUGGAUAUGAAUCCAGAAAACCAAAGCAUCAUCGACCAAACUAUCCAGUCCAACCUAUUGUUGCUCGAGACAGCAGCAAAGGAACCUACGGUGAAGAGUGUUGUGAUUACGUCGUCUCUUGCCGCAUGCGCUGUUCCCAAAACUGGCGUGCCGUACAGAAUCGACUCAUCUACCUGGAAUACUGAAGCCAUGGAACAAACAGCCAAACCUUGGGAUGGCAAGGGCAACCCCCGUUGGCACGGGAUCAUGCUCUACGGCGCCUCCAAGGCGCGCGGCGAGCAGGAAGCCUUUGCAUGGGUGCACAAACACAAGCCACCCUUCUCCUUCAAUACGGUUGUGCCCAAUGUAAACUUUGGCAUAGCGAUUUCGCCGGAAAACAUGGGUUAUCGCAGCACCUCGGCCGUGAUCGAUGCCGUCGUCAAGGGCUAUCCUGCCGCGCCGUCAAUUUUGCCACCGCAGUGGUACGUCGAUGUCGAGGAUACAGCACUGUUGCACCUAGGUGCGUUGACACUCGAUGAUGUGAAUGACGAGCGUCUAUUUGCAUUUGCAGGGACAUACUCAUGGGUGCAGAUUCUCGAAAUCUUGCACAGGCGGUUCCCCGGACAGAUUAUGCUGAAGUCGGUCAAUGAGGAGGCCGUGGAUGCUGGCGACGUGGAUAAUAAGCUCAGUGUUUGGGUUCUACAGAGGAUGGGCCAGAAGCAUGGGUUUACUUCCUUGGAGAAUACGCUGAUUAAGGCUGUGAAUACCAUCGUCGAGCACAAGUCUAAGAGUGUGCCCAAGACAAGGAUAGAUCUGUAUUACGACUCUCUAUCUAGUGAAUAA